GGUAGGUCUAACUUGGAAAGGUCAAGGGUCAGUGCGGAGUUUCUGUUGGUGAUGAUGAAGCAGACGAUCCAGAUUUUCGCUAGAGUGAAGCCCCCCGAGCGGAAGCAGCAGCAAGGGAUUUAUUCUAUAGAUGAAGAUGAGAAAUCAGCACCUAGCUUGGAAAUUCUCUUACCCCGAGAUCUGGCAGAUGGAUUUGUGAACAACAAGCGGGAAAGCUACAAGUUUAAAUUUCAAAGGAUUUUUGACCAAGAUGCAAAGCAAGACAUCAUUUUCGAAAUCAUUGCCAAACCAGUCGCGCAGAGCGUCUUGGCAGGCUACAAUGGUACCAUCUUCGCAUAUGGGCAGACAGGCAGUGGCAAGACCUUCACCAUCACAGGUGGGGCUGAGCGCUACAGCGACAGAGGCAUCAUCCCAAGGACUCUGUCAUAUAUUUUUGAGCAGUUGCAAAAGGACAGCAGCAAGAUCUACACAACACACAUUUCUUACUUGGAAAUCUACAAUGAAUGUGGCUACGACCUGCUGGAUCCGAGACACGAGGCCUCCAAACUGGAAGAUCUGCCGAAAGUGACAAUAUUGGAGGACCCUGAUCAGCACAUUCACCUGAAAAACCUGUCUCUUCACCAGGCAACAACCGAGGAGGAAGCUUUGAACUUGCUCUUCUUGGGGGAUACCAACAGGAUGAUUGCGGAGACCCCUAUGAACCAAGCUUCAACCCGAUCACACUGUAUUUUCACUGUCCACUUGACCAGCAAGGAGCCGGGAUCUGCCACUCUCCGACGUGCAAAACUCCAUUUGGUUGACCUGGCAGGGUCAGAGCGUGUUGCGAAGACUGGAGUGGGGGGCCUGCUCCUGACAGAGGCCAAGUACAUUAACCUGUCGCUGCACUACCUGGAGCAGGUCAUCAUCGCCCUUUCUGAAAAGCGCCGCACACACAUCCCUUACAGGAACUCCGUGAUGACCAGCGUUCUCAGAGACAGCCUGGGAGGGAACUGCGUGACCACUAUGAUCGCCACUCUCUCACUAGAGAAGAGGAACAUUGAUGAGUCCAUCUCUACCUGCAGAUUCGCUCAGCGAGUGGCCCUCAUCAAAAAUGAAGCCGUCCUCAAUGAAGAAAUUGACCCUAAACUGAUGAUUACCCGCUUGCAGAAGGAGAUUACUGAUCUGAAGGCGGAGCUGGCCAUGGCCACUGGAGAGUGGAGGACCGAGGCACUCACGGAAGAAGAGCUCCAUCAGCUGGAAAAACUGAUAGCAUCCUUUUUGGAAGACCAAGAUCCAGAGAGUAGACUGGAAGUUGGCGCCGAUAUGCGUAAAAUCCAUCACUGUUUUCAUCAUUUUAAGAAGCUGUUGAAUGACAAGGACAUGAAGAAUACAGUCCCCUCCGAAACCACACACCAAGCAUGCCAAGAGCCAUUCAAGGAUGAAGAACACACAAAGCUCCGAGACCUGCUCAAGCAGAGGGACAAUGAAAUCAAUAUCCUGGUCAACAUGUUAAAAAAGGAAAAGAAGAAAACUCAGGAUGCUCUCCUCUUAUCGAACACGGAGAAGAGUGACGCUAGGCUGCCCCAGAACUCACCAUUCAUUCCUGGGAGCCCAGCAGUUCAGAGCACCUCAGUCUCCUCAGCCCCGAGCCAGGCCCAGGACCUCAGCAUCUGCAGGCACAGAUCCAGUUUGCUCCACAGGAAAACAGGGAUGAGAGAGGAAAUGUCACUGGGACGCCAGGAGGCUUUUGAAAUUUUCAAGAGGGACCAUGCAGACAGUGUCACCAUCGAUGACAACAGACAGAUUCUGAAGCAGAGAUUUUCUGAAGCAAAGGCUCUGGGAGAAAGUAUAAAUCAAACGAGAAGUAAAAUUGGUCAGCUCAAGGAUGCCAUCACCCAGCGGCACCUGCAGCAAGUAGCUCUUGGAAUCUCAGAGAAUAUGGUCACACCCUCCAUACCUGACCUCCAGGAAGAGAAACUGCGAUCACAGCUGGAAGAGGAAAAGACCAGGUACAAAACAACAUUCAUGCGCCUGAAAGCCUUGAAGGUGGAGAUUGAGCACCUGCAGCUGCUCAUGGACAAAGCCAAAGUGAAGCUGCAGAAAGAGUUCGAAGUCUGGUGGGCUGAGGAGGCCACCAAUCUGCAGGUAAACUCCCCAGCCACGAAUCCCCAGGAACACCUGAAGCCGGUUCCCCAGCAGGACCAGCCACAGCUUCUCCUCAAGAAAAGUUCUCAAGGUCCGGAAGCUAGAGAUGGAGUUAGCAGUCUGGAUAUCUGUAUCUCCGAAAGGCCGAUGUCAUCCAUCCCUCUCACUGGAGACAGCCAGACAGAUUCUGACAUCCUGGCAUUCAUCAAGGCCAGGCAGAACGUUCUACAGAAGAAAUGUCUGGGAAGCAACUGACUUUCUGAUGGAUUCCAACCCUGCCCUGCAGACAGAGUGACUGAUGCGAAGAUAAAGACCCUGCCCCUCAUUAGUGACCUCGGAUAUGACAUAAAGCCACCCCAGAGCAGCUGGCAAAUUUGAGGCCAGAGGAGGAGAGCUGUCCUUCUUUGAGGAUGGUGUCUGGGAGAGCACCAGAGAGGACUUGUAGGGCUGUUGGAAGGGUGGUAGUGCCAAGAAGCUGGGGGCAAGGCUGGGUUGCUGUUCAAUCUAGCGAUGGUGCAAUACACCAUCAUAAUGUACAGGUGGGGGACAUUCCAGGCGGUGCAACACAGGAGGAUAACAAUCCAUUAUUUAUAACUAUUUGCCAGGAAUGGCAUGGCAGGCCAGGCAGGACUUCGGAGCGCCAGAUGAGACAGUAAAAUGUAGGGGACCUCAAGGGCUAGUGCCCCAGCCCAAGCCCUCCACCAUCACCCCCUGGUCCUGUCUCCAGGGAGCUAUGAAUCCUUACAUUCUGAGCACCUCACAGUAAGUACCAGAGAACAGUGGGAUGCUCCCCAGAGCUUUACAGGCAUCAGUACCUUGAGCCAUUACCCCACCAGGCUGUGUGCGACUCUACAAAAUUAACACCAAACUCCCUGUCCCCACAAGGAGAACACAGCUGCUCGGUGGCUGUGCCUUGGUGACACUCUCAUCAUUCCAGAACCUGGCUCUGUGGCAUGGACUAAGCGGACAUGAAAGAGAGGGAAAAUGGCCAGCAGCAGCCCAUGUUGUGUUCCCAGCCCAGCUAGAGUCAGGAGGGCAAUGGAGGGGCAGAAAUCGGUGCUCAGAGAUGACGACAGCUGAAUCGAAACACCUGCUCCUGCUCCUGCUCCUGCUGUGGCUGUUCUUAAAUACAGCAACUCAUGAUCCUAGGCAGUGGACAAGAAGACACAGCAACAUGGACUUGUUUGGGUCGAUGCAGGCUUUUUGACUUUUUUGGCAUCUUGAAGCUAGGCAGGCCGUCAGCCCUCUUCUUUGUCGCCGCCUGGCUUAUGUCAUUAGGAGCCAGAAGCAGGAGCAGGCCAGCCCUGCCUUCCCACAGCUGAACUUUAAGAUGGAAAGUGCUGUGACCGGAGCCUCCUGUCUGGGUCCCCUCUGUGAGCCUCCUGUCUGGGUCCUCUCUGGGAGCCUCCUCUUGGGUCCUCUCUGUGACCCAGGCACAGAGCCAGUCUCAUUAAACUCCUCCAUUGAUGAGUGAGUGGCAGAGCUGGAACCCAAACUUGCUGCUCAGGCUGGGGUCACCCUACUUCCCUAUGGUUUAGUCCCAUGGGGUGGGGCCACUCCUUCCCACCCUACGUCAUCCAGGUAAAGCCUGGAGUACGAGGUAAGACCAAACAGGGGCUCUUCAUGAGUCUGCAGCACGGAAAUACAGUCCCACAAAUGUACACUCGGGAUCCUGGAGGUAACAUGGACCCUGCCAGAGCCCCUCAUGAUUGGCAUCAGUGAUUCUGGAACACCUUGCUGUGGUCCAUCUUCUAGAGCUUGCUAAGGUCUGUUGAGUUUCGCUCUCCUUCUGAGGUGUUAUCUCCUGGAUUCAAAGGCUUUGUUGAGUGAGAUCUGUGGUACAGCCUCACACGGUAUGAAACAGUCACCCAGCCUGGAGAGGGAAUAAGGAAGAGAUGGAAUGGACCAGCCAGGGAGCCUCAGGUCUACAGGGCAUUGGCAGCCAGCCUUGAGGGAUCCUCCUUAAAAUCCACCUUAAAUCUCAGUGGAUGCUGGGGCUUUGGUGUGGACCCACACUGGACUACAGUAUACCUUCCCCCAAAGAGUCUCUGCAAGUGGGAGGAGGAGAUGAAGGCUUUGAAAGGACCUUCAAAAGUCUGGGCUCAGUGGAGCAGGAACAGCAAGGACUAUCUGAGUUCAAAUGUGGAGGUUAAAUGUUUUCUGGAGAGCCGCCUGGUCAGUGACAUUGGUCCAACCCUACAGAGAAUUUGGCUGUCUGUCACUCUCUCCGCAGGAGGACAGUUGAGUGGGAAAGUGUGUUCAUGUAUCUUGCAAGCAGAGAUUUCAUAUUGCUGAGCAAGUAAAGACAUUUGCCACCAAUCCUGACGGCCUGAGUUUCAUCCUCAGGACCCAUAUGGAAGGAAGAGCAUCAGCUCCCAUAAGUUGUCCUUUCUUGUCUUUAGCUAAGGCUCUAUCGUUCUGUUUUACCAGUAAGAUCCUGGGAUGAAAACCUGC